UGUUACAAUUUCAAAAUCCGUGACGGUGAUGAUAAAAAUUCCGCCCUACUGCUGUUUCCUUGAAAGACUAGAUUUCUAAUUUCCCCCCAAAAGCACUACUGUUUCCUAAAACGUAACUUCAUCUUGCUCGGUUCAUUAGCAACAACAACAACAGCAACUAUACCAUCAUCUAUUAUGAGUGCCAUUACACAGGCUGAAAAAGCCAAGUAUGCUGAAAUUUUCCAAGCCAAAGGGCCAAUAAACGGCUACAUGACAGGUGCGGUCGCCCGCGAUGUUUUGCUAAAGUCUAAUUUACCACCUAACCGUUUGGAACGUAUAUGGGACCUCUCAGAUAUUGAUAAAGAUGGCAACCUUGAUUUCGAAGAGUUUUGUAUUGCUAUGCACUUGACCUUUAACUGUAUUAACGGUAUGGAUACGCCUGUUUCUCUCCCUUACACAUUGAUUCCACCCAAUAAAGCACAUUUACUGCCCCAACAGCAACAACAACAACAACAACAACAACAACAACAACCACAGCAAAUAGCUUAUCCAGGCUAUCAAAUGCCUCAACCUACUGGCUAUACUGGAUAUCAACAAGCACAGCCUACGGGUUAUCAACAGGCUCAACCCACGGGGUAUGCUCCAUCUCCAAGCUAUCAACAAGCACAACCUACAGGAUAUCAACCACCACAACCCACAGGGUAUCAACCAUCACAACCUAUGGGUUACCAGCAACCACAACCCACAGGAUAUCAACAGCCACAGCCUACAGGUUACCAACAACCUCAGUCCACAGGAUUUUAUGGCCAACAGCAACCACCACAACCUGAGCCUGAAUUUAGUUGGGAUAUGACGCCAGAUGAAAUGACUUCCUAUCAAAAUAUUUACGCCAAAUAUGCUAAUGAUUCUGGCAAAGUCAAAUUCAGCGCGAUGCAAGACUUUUAUGAUACCUUGGGACUUUUAAGAACAGAUUUAACCAAUGCAUGGACUUUAAUAGACGUGAAUCAUACAAACGCACUCACGCAGGACCAAUGUUUAAUGUUUUAUCACGUCUUGAAUCAACGUACCCGUGGCGUUCGUAUACCAAAAGAACUCCCUCCUGAUCUUCAUGCUGCAUUUGCCGGCGAAUACGCUGCAGAUUUCGGACAACGCCCUGGAGCGGGUACAGGUGCGAGAAAAGGAACGAAUCAGUCCAUGUCCAACAGCGCAAAAUUAGCCGAUAGUUAUGUGAAUCGUUUAGGAGCUGCCAGCACCUCCUUGGGCAGUAAAGGUACCCGAGGUGGACAAAAGUACGACGAAGAAGAGAUGCUUCGACGGGAAUUGGAAGAACUAAAAGAGCGCGUCAAGGAGGCCGAACGUAAGGCGAAAGAAGCCAAAGAAAGCGAAAACUAUGAAUCGUUCGCCUCUCGACCUUUGCGUGAUCAAUUCCAAGCUCUUUACGAUUAUAAACUUCGUCAAUUAACCGAUCAAAGCGAUCUCGAGGACAAAGUGCGUAAGCAAGAAAAGGAUAUUGAAGUAGCACGUGAUGCUGUACGUAGAUUGAAUCGUAUCGUGGACGACGUUCGUGCCAAAAAACGUGAAUUAGAAGCUUUGUUGGAUGAAAGAAGAGCUGAAGUGCAGAAGCUUUUACGUGCAUCUGAAUAAAAAAAGAAAAAGAAAAGAAAGAGAUAUUUACAUUUUUAUUUUAAAUGCGAGCAAUAAUGGAUGGAUUAAAGUAAAAGAAAACUUUUGUAAUUAAGUAUACCGGUGUUUGCAAAUGAAAGGAUGUGUAUACAAAAGAAAAAACGAUUAAUAAUAUAUAUACAUAAAUAUAAAGAUGAAAAGUGUAUGCCAUUUUAAGCUUUGCCUCGUUUAAAACGUGCUAUAACCGCUCGUUGGUGGAGAGGCAGUGGAGCUUACUGG